AGGACCCAAGUUCCAGUUGCUUCCAUUUGCAGAAAACUCCAUAAGCGCCACGUCUUCACCUGCUUUCUUUCUCCCUCUUUUUAUUCUGCUAUUAUUGCACCCAAAAUAAAAAUUAAAAAAAAAACAAACUGUUCUAUAAAUAUAUUAUAUAUGUGCCCUCCCUCCACCUUCUCUGCUUCCAAAGAAAGACAUGACCUCCAACUUCUAUAUCAUAAUAUAAUAUAUAUUCCCUUUAGUGUAAUUGUGUCUUCUGAUCUCUUAAAAGCAGAGAAAUAUAACUUAAUUAAGAAAAGUUAAAUGGAAAAGUAUGAGAUUCUUAAGGACAUUGGUUCUGGCAAUUUUGGGGUUGCCAAGCUGGUCAAGGACAAGUGCAGUGGGGAGCUUUUGGCUGUCAAGUAUAUUGAAAGGGGCCAUAUGAUUGAUGAGCAUGUUCAGAGGGAAAUCAUGAACCAUAGAUCCCUCAAGCAUCCCAACAUUAUUAGGUUCAAAGAGGUGUUUUUGACAGAGACCCAUUUGGCCAUAGUGAUGGAAUACGCCUCCGGGGGAGAGCUAUUCGAUCGAAUUUGUAAUGCUGGAAGAUUUAGUGAGGAUGAGGCAAGAUUUUUCUUCCAACAGCUAAUAUCAGGAGUCAGUUAUUGCCACUCUAUGCAAAUCUGUCAUAGAGAUCUCAAGCUUGAAAACACGCUUUUAGAUGGAAGCUCGACGCCCCGCCUCAAAAUAUGCGAUUUUGGCUAUUCCAAGGCAAUAAUAAAUGCUCACUUUUCGAGAUAGAUUAAAACGAUUAAAUCUGUUAAACUAUCUCACAUCGGGGAAAAAAAUUGGAGAAAAUUAUAAUGAGUUAAUUAUCGAUUGGAUUCAGUCUUUUAGUAUUUGUGUUGAAUUGUGUGUGAAAUUGAUGACUAUUGGUGUUCAUUUUUUAGUCUGCAGUUUUGCAUUCACAGCCCAAGUCCACAGUUGGAACCCCAGCAUACAUUGCACCAGAAGUCUUUUCAAGAAAAGAGUAUGAUGGAAAGAUUGCAGAUGUUUGGUCUUGUGGGGUUACCCUAUAUGUGAUGCUGGUUGGUGCUUAUCCCUUUGAAGACCCUGAGGACCCUAGAGAUUUCAAGAAAACCAUCACUAGAAUAUUAAGUGUUCAAUAUUCAAUCCCGAGCUACGUCCGGAUAUCCAAGGAGUGCAAGCAUCUCUUAUCUCGGAUAUUCGUGUCAGAUCCCGACGAGGCACUACCUUGUAUGGGAUUAUCAAAUCGUGCAAACCAAGAUAUAAAAGUUAAGGUGAAAUGUGUAUGCAGAGGAUAAGGAUAGAGGAGAUCAAGAAACACCCAUGGUUUCUUAAUAGCUCUUCCGAAGAAACCAUGGACUCUUCACUCGAAGACAUCAAUGGAGAAGCAAAUGGUGGUGGUGAUGAUGAUGAUAAGAAUAAAGCUUGGCAGAGUGUCGAGCAGGUGUUGGCCAUAAUACAAGAGGCUCGCGAGGCGACCGGACCGGGUGGCCUACUGGUUGAUGACAUGGAUGAAAUAGACUUUGAUGGUGAGAUAGAUGAGGAGGAGGAGGAGGAUGAUGAUAUGGAGUCAAGUGGGGACUUCAUAUGUGCAUUUGUGAGCUAGCCAAAGUCACUACUACUAUUUCAUGCCAUUGUCAAUGAACCUCAUCAUUUUAUGUUUGUGCUCUCUACUCUCUUUGUUGCGCUGAAAAAAAUCUAACUUGUAAUGUAAUCUGAACUACGAGUUGGAAUUUUUUCAGCGAAAUUGAAGAAAUAGUAUGAGUUUAAAGGGGUUAUUGCUUGAACUGAAGAAUAAUGAAUAGUAUUCUCUCCG